AUGUCCCAGUCCGAGGAGCAAGUCUGCCAGGCGGUGCUAGGCUUCGUGACCGAGGGCGUCUAUCCCGAGGAGAAGGUAGUCGCGGGAGAAUUCCCCACGACGGCUCUUGCGCGCGAAUUAGAGCUCAUCGCGCAGGCCACAGAGCAGGUCGAGAAUGAGAUCAGCUCCCUCAGCCGCGAGAGCGCCUUCGACGCCGAUGAUUGGAUUGACCAGGCAAAACAACUACACGCCGACAUUGAGCGCUCCAGAGUCACUGCGCGCGAGAUUGUUGCCCAGCAUGAACAUACCAAACCUCUACAGGCAAGAGUGGAAGAUGCCAGCGCCAAGGUUGGGUUGAUCGAGACCGAGAUCGCGUUCAACCAAGCUGUCACCGACACCCUGGAGGGGGUGCAGCGACUGUGCCAACAGAUCGAGGCGGGGAGGGCGGCUUUGAGGAAUGGCCAGAUUACUGUCGCUAUUGAGCAGAUGGAGUCUACCGAAGCUGAUCUCCAAAAUGGCUCCUCCUUCGCCAAUACCAAUGUGAUGGACAUACUCUCUUUCGAGGUGGCACGAUUGCGACAGGAAGUGGUGGAAGCUCUGCGUUCCCGCUGGGAUGAUCAUUUGAAAAUCGACCGGCAGAAAGGCGAAUUUCGGGUCUGCAAGGAUGAGGGUGCUGACUCACUGGAGAAUACGAUUGUGUCUCUUUCCCGGGUGGGCAUACUCGAGUCCGCAACUGCCAAACUCCAAAAGGACCUUCUUUCUGCGGUUAUCGAACCGGUAUUGCUGCCCGACACCGAUCAACUCGGUCACGGAGUGAUAGUGGCGGAUUCCGGCAUCCGGAUCGAACCUAAGCCUUCCAAGGCGAGCGUUUCGGACACAUUGGACCGCACCACGAAAGUCCUGGGUUACCUUCAACAGAAUCUGCCGUCACCGGUCUCGGCUGCUCUUCCCGAGUCAUUCAUUCCCACUGUCGCCUCGAAGAUUAUAGCGACGUGGCUGUCAUCUGCGAUCCCUACAAAUUUGGAUGGUCUCAGUGGUUUUGAGGAAACCCUAGAUCAUGUUCUACAAUUCACCCGAACGAUUGAGUCCUGGGGCUGGAGUGGCCAAGAAGAGCUCGUCUCAUGGGUAAAUCAAGCCCCUCGCUUGUGGUUGACUAGGCGCCGUGUCGACUCACUUGACAGUGUCCGCAAGGUGAUUGCGGCUAGUCAAGGGACUACCAAGCAGGUUGAGCGGAUUGAAAAGGAGCAGGUUUCUCAAGCGGAUGGGGCUCUGCUGGACAAUGCUCCUACCGACGACUGGGAUGCUGGCUGGGAUGACGACGAGGAAGAAGAUAUAGCCGAUAAGCCCGUAGCACCACUGCCUGAGGAAGAGGAGGAAGAUGUCAGCGCUUGGGGUCUUGAUGAGGACGAGGAGGAAAUACCAGAGGAGACGAAACCAGAAGCACCCGCUGAAGCGGAAGAUGAUGACGCUGACGAUGCCUGGGGUUGGGGUGAUGAGGACGAAGACGCUCAAAGGAGCCCUAGUGAACCAUUGCAGCCCAAACCUGCUGCUGCUCCGUCGAAAUCUGCGAAUGGGGAGCGGACCGUGCCGUCCUCUUCUCCGAGAGAGGUUACGCUGAAAGAGGUAUACACCGUGACGGAUAUCCCGGACUCGAUUAUCAAAGUUAUUCGGCAACAAAUCGACGAUUCGAAGAAUAUAUCGCAGCCAGCGCACUCUCACUCCCGGGUCGCCUCUUCUGGCGCGGGCCUGCUAGCAUUGCCUACAUUGAUCUUGGCGAUGUUCAAAGCCACUUCGUCUUCUUUCUACUCGUUGAAGCUCGCAUCAGGGCAGAUGUAUCUCUACAACGACAGUUUAUACCUCGCCGAGCAGGUUCGUCAACUUGUCGAAAAGCAUGACCUUUCGCGGCUCAACUCCGAUGUGGAAGCACUUGAAAAAUUCGGCAAGCUGGCCUACAGCAAGGAGAUGCAGACUCAGAGAACCAUCGUCACCGACCUGCUUGAUGGUGGCCAAGGCUUUGGGCAAUGCUCGGAGCAACCCUUUCGCGCAGAGUGCGAGAACGCCGUCAGCGCCACUGUCGACCGAAUCCGCGACGUCUACAAGGAAUGGCAUCCGAUCUUGUCGCGCUCUGCACUUCUUCAGUCUGUCGGUUCUUUGUUGUCUACGGUGAUCAAUAAGAUCAUCAUCGACGUCGAAGACCUGGGGGAUAUCUCGGAGGACCAGUCGCAGGAACUGGUGUCUCUCUGCAACCAGGUGUCCCAGCUCCAGGACCUGUUCAUGGCCGAGAGCAACGACAACAGCGAAGCCGUCCCGGUCACUGCUGUUUAUGUGCCGAACUGGCUUCGAUUCCAGUAUCUGAUCAACAUCCUAGAGAGUUCGCUGGCCGAUAUCAAGUUCCUUUGGCUGGAGGGCGAACUGCGCCUGGAAUUCUCCGUGGAGGAAGUACAAUCGCUCAGUCACACCAUUAUGAACGGAGACCAGACGGUGGAUUUUGCAGCGGAGGCGCCUGCGCAGAGGCAGGUUCGUGUGCAUCUCACCAGCAAGCAGGAAGAGAUUGCUUUGCCUGAAAGCACCGGCCCGAUCCUUGUUCCCACAGGAUUACGACGAUAUGCGCUGUCGACGCUGGUGAACAACCUUCUCUCAACGGAAAAGCCGGUCCCGUUCGAAUUUUUGAUCAAUGGAACAUUUCUGCGUACCUCGAUCGACGAAUACCUGACGGCGAACGGCAUCUCCUCUGAGACGACUCUUGAGAUUGAAUACGUGAGAGCACUCAUUCCGCCGCUGCACAUUGCGUCGUUCCAGCAUGACGACUGGGUCAGCUCGGCCGACGUCCUCUCUACAACCUCGCCCGCCGCCUCGUGGGCCUCGGGAGCCACUGUCGCAAAGGGCCAAGAGAGAAUAUUGUCUGCAAGCUAUGACGGUCUGCUUAGAAUAUGGAAUAUGUCUUCAGAGACCAUCGCGACCUCCCCCGCUGCCGCCGACGGUGGCCACAGCGCAUCCAUCAAAGCCGCCAAGUUCGUUUCUCCGCACCAGAUCGUCUCGGCGGGUUUGGACCGCACAGUCCGGUUGUGGAAGUACUCGGAGGAAGAGGAUGGCUUCUCGGGGAAAAUUUCUCCCCAGCUGGAGCUGUACGGUCACAAGUCGGGGAUCGACUCACUCGCUGUGCAUGCCCCGUCCAGCCGUAUUCUGACGGCUUCGUCGGAUCACACCGUCGGGUUCUGGUCGAGCAAGAAGACUGAAUCUCCCGCUGCACCGGAGAACUUGCUUCCAUCAAGCGUCGCUCGUACAUCGAAGCGACGGAAGCUGAACUCGUCCGUUAGCACGCCCCAGCGUGGGCCGCUGGCCCUCUUGUCGGCCCACACGGGACCAGUCUCUGCGGCCAUCUUCGAUGCACGAGACUCGACGGUUGGAUACUCGACGUCAUGGGACCACUCACUGCGGACCUGGGAUCUGGUGACUUCAUCUCUGGUCGACACACGCACCACAUCCCACUCGCUUCUUUCUCUGGAGCACCUUCCCGAUCUUCACCUCUUGGCUGCGGGUACUUCUGCCCGCCACAUCACCCUAAUUGACCCUCGCACAUCGGCCACGACUCUGUCAGCAAUGACGCUACGGGGCCACACGAACGCGGUGGUGAGCCUGGCGCGGGAUCCGCACAGCACAUACGGCCUGAUCAGUGGCAGCCACGACGGCACCUGCCGGAUCUGGGAUAUCCGGUCUACCAAAACGGACAAGGACGGCGUGGUAGGUGAGAGUGUCUACACGAUCUCACGGAAGAGUCUCGAGGAGGAAGGGAAAUCCGACAGCAAGCGGGUUGGCGGCGAGGGUGUCAAGGUGUUCAGUGUGUGCUGGGAUCAGCAGGUGGGCAUUGUCAGCGCGGGCGAGGAUAAGCGGAUCCAGAUCAAUCGCGGCGAAGGGGUGUUGUCGUCCAAGGAAUAG